GCGAGGCUCGGCGCGCGGAUGGUGCCGGUGCGGCUUGGUUGUUGAUCCGCGUGUCCCCUCCCUCUCUUCCCCUCCCCCACUCGGGGGGGUCUCCCCUCCUGCCCCGGCUCCCGCAGAGCCAUGUCUCGGGGUGGCUGCUGCACACACCUGUUGUGGGACGUAAGGAAAAGAUCGCUCGGGCUGGAGGACCCGUCCCGCCUGCGGAGCCGCUACCUGGGAAGAAGAGAAUUUAUCCAAAGAUUAAAACUUGAAGCAACCCUGAAUGUUCAUGAUGGCUGUGUUAAUACAAUCUGUUGGAAUGACACUGGAGAAUAUAUUUUAUCUGGUUCAGAUGACACCAAGUUAGUAAUUAGUAAUCCUUACAGCAGAAAGGUUUUGACAACAAUUCGUUCAGGACACCGAGCAAAUAUAUUUAGUGCAAAGUUCUUACCAUGCACAAAUGAUAAGCAAAUUGUAUCCUGUUCUGGAGAUGGAGUAAUAUUUUAUACUAAUGUUGAGCAAGAUGCAGAAACCAAUAGGCAAUGCCAAUUUACGUGCCAUUAUGGAACUACCUAUGAGAUUAUGACUGUACCAAAUGACCCUUAUACUUUCCUCUCCUGUGGUGAAGAUGGAACUGUGAGAUGGUUUGAUACUCGCAUCAAAACUAGCUGUACUAAAGAAGACUGCAAAGAUGACAUUUUAAUUAACUGUCGACGUGCUGCCACAUCUGUAGCUAUUUGUCCACCAAUACCAUAUUAUCUUGCUGUGGGUUGUUCUGAUAGCUCAGUACGAAUAUAUGAUCGGCGAAUGCUGGGCACAAGAGCUACUGGAGAACAAAGUCCCAAUGUGUCAUUGAUGCAGAGAAUGUCUGAUAUGUUGUCUCGAUGGUUUGAGGAAGCAAGUGAAGUUGCACAGAGCAAUAGAGGGCGAGGAAGAUCUCGAUCCAGAGGUGGAUCGAGUCCAUCAGAUGUUCCCACUCUUCCUACUAUCCCAUCCAGUACUGAUUUGGAAGUAGGCGAAGCUGCAAUGGAAGUAGAUACUCCAGCUGAACAGUUUCUUCAACCAUCUACAUCCUCGGCAAUGUCUGCUCAGUCUCCUCCUGCAUCGUCUUCUGCAGAAAGCCUUCAUUCUACUACUUUGCUGUCUUCUCCAGACAGUGAGCAAAGGCAGUCAGUUGAGGCUUCUGGACACCAUGCACAUCAUCAGUCUGAAUUUUUAAGGGGGCCUGAGAUAGCUCUGCUCCGUAGGCGCCUGCAACAACUGAGGCUUAAGAAGGCUGAGCAGCAGAGGCAGCAAGAGCUCGCUGCGUGUGCCCAGCAGCCUUCCGCUCCUGAGCAGUAUUCCUGUGGGGGCUCUUCCCAGGACCCUCAGGCUUCAGAUUCUCCUUCUUCUGUGGUUAACAAACAGCUCGGAUCCAUGUCACUUGAUGAGCAACAGGAUAACAGUAAUGAAAAGCAGAGCCCCAAACCAGGCACAGGUGAACCAGUUUUAAGUUUGCACUACAGCACAGAAGGAACAACGACAAGCACAAUAAAACUGAACUUUACAGAUGAAUGGAGUAGCACAGCCUCGAGCUCCAGAGGAAACGGGAGCCACAGUAACUCUGAGGGGCAGGAGGAAGCCUUGCUCGCACAAAGCUCAGUGCAGCCACCAAAAGGAGACGCUGAACCAAAAACUCGUGAAGCAUCAUCUGAAGAUGUGACGCAAUAUCAGGAAGGUACAUCUGCUGAAGACGCAGUCGAGAACCCAGUAGAUAGAGCACAAUCUGAUAAGGUUACACCUGCGCCAUUGGAUUCUAGCUCAGGAGAAAGGAAUGACCCCAGUCUUGAGAGCCUUUGUGCGGUUCCAGAAGAAUCCGCGCUAUCUGAAAAAGACGAGGAGCCAGAGACCUCAGACCCCGUCAGCACUGAGCGUGCUGCCACUCAGGUGACCACCAGCCCUGAGCCCCAGCCCCAGACACAAGCCAUCGGACCUUUACUUCUCGAGGGAACGUCAGCCAGAGACUCUGCUCUCCAGGACACAGACGACAGCGAUGAUGACCCGGUCCUGAUUCCAGGUGCAAGGUACCGAGCAGGACCUGGUGAUAGAUUCCCUGUCAGAGGAACAGCAGUAGGUGAUAGAAUAAGGAGACGCUCUGCUGUUGCCCGCAUUCAAGAGUUCUUCAGGCGGAGAAAAGAAAGAAAAGAAAUGGAAGAAUUAGAUACUUUGAACAUCAGAAGGCCACUAGUAAAGAUGGUGUACAAGGGUCAUCGCAACUCCAGGACAAUGAUAAAAGAAGCCAAUUUCUGGGGUACCAACUUUGUGAUGAGUGGCUCUGACUGUGGCCAUAUCUUCAUCUGGGACCGGCACACGGCUGAGCAUUUGAUGCUCCUGGAAGCUGAUAAUCAUGUGGUGAACUGCCUGCAGCCACAUCCGUUUGACCCAAUUCUAGCCUCAUCUGGUAUAGAUUAUGACAUAAAGAUCUGGUCACCAUUGGAAGAGUCGAGGAUUUUUAACCGAAAACUUGCUGAUGAAGUGAUCACUCGGAAUGAACUGAUGCUGGAAGAGACUAGAAACACCAUCACAGUCCCAGCUUCGUUCAUGUUGAGGAUGUUGGCGUCCCUGAAUCACAUCCGCGCUGACCGGUUGGAGGGUGACAGAUCCGAAGGCUCUGGCCAGGAGAAUGAAAAUGAGGAUGAAGAGUAGUCAACUCUUGUUGGCAAGCACGUAAAUGUUCUGGAAUUUGUAUCAGGCAUUGAUCCUAUUUUGUCCUUUACAGAGCUUUAGUGCAAUUUUAAGGUUUGGGGUUUUUGGAGUUUUUCCCUUUUUAUGGGACAACCUAACAUUGGUUUGGAACAAUUGUGUGCAUGGAUUUGGGAGCGUGUGUAAAACAAAUUUAGCAAAAUGUUUUAAACCCUUUUGCCGUGAAUGAGGAGUGCUAGAAGAUGCAACGUGCAAUAGCUCCUCGCCUUCAGAGGAGCCGCGUGGCCACUGUGGAAGAGUACUUUCCUGAUCGUGACCAUGGGGGUUCCGGUGACUUUCUAUACUUGCCCAUUUGCAUGUUUGUUGCUUUCUAAUUAAAGAAAUUGGUUGUUUUAAGACA